AGGAAGAGGAAAGCCAAAGACAUAGCGAGAGGUGAAGAAAGGAGAGAGAGAAGGACAGGAACACAUGAGACAGAGAAGUGAACUCAGCAGAAAAACAGAAAAAGGACGUUGACUCAGCAGUGGCAGUUCAAGGGGAAAAAGAGGAAGAGAAACGCUCUGAUAGUGUACUAGAGCGUGCUGAGGUUCUCAUUUUGGUUUUCUGUUGCAGUGGUUAAAUGUACUUCACGGAGGACACACAGGUGGCCAGGACCAUAGAGCUGAACGAUGGCACACGAAUGCCAGUUUUGGGUCUGGGGACAUGGAAGUCAGAUCUUCUGCCCACCUCAACCCAGGGUGCAGUAGAGACUGCCAUUGCGGCUGGCUACCGCCACAUAGACACUGCUUACAGCUACAGCAACGAGGUUGAUAUUGGCAAGGCUCUGUGUUCCAAGAUGCAGCAGGGCAUCAUCAGGCGGCAGGACAUGUUCAUCGUCAGUAAGCUGUGUGAUACCCAUCAUGCCCCAGAGGACAUCCCUGUCUGCCUGAAUAAGUCCCUGAGUGAUCUCCAGCUGGACUACCUGGAUCUCUACCUUGUGCAUUUCCCAGUUGGCCUGAAGAAAGUAGGUGAUGAGCUUUUCCCAAAGAAGGAUGGAAAGAUGCUGACCUCUGACAUAGACUAUAUAGAUGUGUGGAGGGGGAUGGAAGCCCUGCAAGCCUCAGGGAAGGUGAAGAGCAUUGGUGUGUCCAACUUCAGCAUCCUGCAGCUGGAGAGACUUCUUGCUCUGUGCAGGGUGCCUCCUGCUGUCAAUCAGGUGGAGCUACAUCCCUACUUGGUGCAGACAGACAUGAUAGAGUUCUGUAAAUCCAAGAACAUCGCCCUGACUGCCUACAGCCCCUUCGGCUCACCUGCGAGACCUCCAGAGCUGUUCAGAGGAGACACUGAUCCACAUAAGCUCCUGGAAGACCCGGUUGUUGCAGAUAUAGCCAAGAGGCACAGGCACAGCCCUGCACAGGUACUGCUGAGGUACCAUGUGCAGCAGGGCAUUGCGGUCAUCCCUAAGAGUGACAAGCCUCAUCACAUCCUGGAAAACACAAAGAUCUUUGACUUCAGCCUGACUGAAGAAGACAUUAGAGCACUGAGAGGACUGGACCGAGGCUGGAGGUCCUGCGUGCUUGAAGAAGUCAAGUCUCAUCCGUACUACCCCUUUGUAUGAAGCUGCCAGGAGAGAGAAGAGAGAAACUACUACUAAUGCCAUACACAUCAACAGGACCAGCUACAGUAUCACACUGUAAUCCAUUAGUGACUUGUUUACCAAAUAAUGAUGAAAUGUGAAGAUGGAGACAAAUCUGAAGAUUCUGUCUCCAAAUGUGAAUGUACUAAAUGUGACCAACACGUAUCAGAGCUUUUCUAUUGCCCUGAAA